CCCAUCCCAUCCCAUCUCUCCCCGUAGCAUGCCGCGCGGCGGCGAGGCGGAGAUGGCGGCGGCGGCGUGGCGCGAUGACGAGCUGGUGAUCAAGUCCCCCAGCGACCACCGCUCCUACCGCCUCCUGCGCCUCCCCAACGGCCUCUGCGCCCUGCUCGUCCACGACCCCGAGAUCUACCCCGACGGCUACCCGGACCCGCAGCCCACCAAGCCCCACGAGGACGAGGAAAUGGGGGAGGAGGAGGAGGAGGAGGACGAUGAGGAAGAGGACGGCGAGGAGGAUGACGAUGAUGAAGAGUACAGCGAUGAUGAGGGGGAGGGUGACGAGGAGGACGAAGGGGAGGAAGAGGAGGAUGGGAGCGAACCGAAGAGGAGGAAGGAGAAGGGCGGCUCCGAGCCCCUCGUUAAGAAGGCUGCUGCUGCAAUGUGUGUUGGAAUGGGUAGUUUUGCUGACCCUCCAAAGGCACAGGGGUUAGCUCAUUUCCUAGAGCAUAUGCUUUUUAUGGGGAGCUCUGAAUUUCCAGAUGAAAACGAGUAUGACAGUUACUUGUCCAAACAUGGUGGUUCAUCCAAUGCUUUUACUGAAACUGAAUACACAUGCUACCAUUUUGAGGUCAAGCGGGAGUAUCUGAAGGGAGCAUUGGACAGAUUUUCUCAGUUCUUUGUAUCACCUCUUGUUAAGGCGGAAGCUAUGGACCGUGAGAUACUAGCAGUGGACUCUGAGUUCAACCAAGUUUUGCAAAGUGAUAGCUGCCGUCUUUACCAACUUCAGUCCCAUACUUGUUCACAAGGGCACCCUUUGAACAGAUUUACCUGGGGAAACAAGAAAAGCUUGGUUGAUGCAAUGGGCAGUGGCAUUAAUCUAAGGGAAGAGAUUUUACAGAUGUACACGACUAACUACCAUGGAGGAAUGAUGAAGCUAGUUAUAAUUGGAGGAGAGCCCCUUGACAUUCUAGAAGGUUGGACCAUGGAACUAUUCAGUAAGGUUAAAGCUGGUCCACUGUUGGAUAUGAGUCCAAAGACUGAUAUGCCUUUCUGGAGAUCUGGUAAACUUCACAAGCUAGAGGCUGUUAGAGAUAUUCACAGUCUUUGCUUAUCAUGGACACUACCUUGUCUGCACAAGGAAUACAUGAAGAAACCAGAAGAUUACUUGGCACAUCUCCUUGGUCAUGAGGGGAAGGGAAGCUUACUCUGUUUUCUGAAAGCUAAAGGUUGGGCAAGCUCUUUGAGUGCUGGUGUUGGCACUGGUGGAGCACAACGCUCCUCAUAUGCUUAUAUCUUUGAAAUGUCUAUCCGCCUUACCGAUUCAGGACUGAAAAAUCUUUAUGAGGUCAUUAGUGCUGUAUACCAAUAUAUAAAGUUGCUUAAGCAGUCUGAGCCACAAGAAUGGAUAUUCAAGGAACUUCAGGACAUUGGGUACAUGGAGUUCAGAUUUGCAGAAGAGCAACCUCCAGAUGAUUAUGCUGUUGAUCUUGCAGAAAAUAUGCUACAUUAUUCUGAAAAACACAUUGUUUCUGGGGAAUAUAUUUAUGAGGGAUGGGAUCCAGAGCUGGUAAAGCAUGUUUUGAGCUUCUUCCAUCCAGACAACAUGAGAGUUGAUGUACUUAGUAAAUCAUUCGAUAAGCAGUCGCAAGCUAUUCAAUGUGAGCCGUGGUUCGGUGCCCAGUACAUUGAAGAGGAUAUUCCAGCAUCUUUCAUGGAAAGUUGGCGAAACCCAGCACAAAUAGAUGAUGCUUUUCAUCUACCGCGAAAGAAUGAAUUUAUUCCUGGGGACUUUAAUCUGCGUAAUGCUAAUAUACCUAAACCCCUGAGCGAUGAUAAUCCUCGUUGCAUUGUUGAUGAACCAUUCAUAAAGCUCUGGUACAAGAUGGACAUGACAUUUAAUGUACCUCGUGCUAACACUUACUUUUUGAUUUCUGUCAAGGAUGGCUAUAGCACUCUUGAAAACUCUGUCCUGACAGAUCUGUUUGCAAACCUUCUUAAAGAUGAGUUGAACGAGGUCCUCUAUCAGGCAUAUGUGGCUAAACUGGAGACUUCCUUGUCUGUUGUUGGUAGCAACCUUGAGUUAAAGCUUUACGGUUACAAUGACAAGCUGCCCAUCCUGCUGUCCAGCAUUUUGGCUGCUUCUCAAUCUUUUUCUCCAAAGUCAGAUAGGUUUGAGGUCAUCAAGGAGGACUUGGAAAGAGCUUACAAAAACACGAAUAUGAAGCCCAUGAGCCAUUCAACCUACUUGAGGUUACAAGUCCUACGUGAAAUAUUCUGGGACGUUGAUGAAAAAUUGGAAGUUCUUAUGAAACUAACCUUUUCUGAUCUAGUGGCAUAUGUACCAAAGCUUCUUUCUCAGUUGCACAUCGAGGGCCUUUGUCAUGGUAACCUAUCAGAAGAUGAAGCAAUAAAUAUAUCAAAAAUAUUCCGAAACACACUGUUAGGUCAGACACUACCUGAUGAGGCAAGACAUGGAGAAAGAGUUUUUUGCAUUCCUAAUGGUACAAAUUUUGUUAGAAGCGUCCAUGUGAAAAAUGAACUUGAAGAGAAUUCUGUGGUUGAGGUUUAUUUUCCAGUUGAGCAAGACAUUGGAAAUGAUGCAACAAGACUCAGAGCUAUUACAGAUCUUUUCAGCAACAUCAUUGAAGAACCUUGCUUUGAUCAGCUGAGAACGAAGGAGCAACUUGGAUAUACUGUGCACUCUAGUCCACGGAUGACUUACCGUGUGCUUGCAUACUGUUUUCAAGUUAUGUCCUCCAAGUAUAGCCCUAUUUACCUACAAAGUCGGAUUGAUAACUUUAUUGAUGGUCUAUCUGCUUUGCUGGAUGGACUUGAUGAAGAAACUUUUGAGCAUCACAGGAGUGGGUUGAUAGCUGAUAAAUUGGAAAAGGAUCCUUCUCUUAGCUAUCAAACUGGUGAUUAUUGGUCGCAGAUUGUUGACAAAAGGUAUAUGUUUGAUAUGUCAAAACUGGAAGCUGAAGAGCUAAGGACAGUGCGGAAGGAGGAUGUAAUCAGUUGGUUCAAUACCUAUAUUAAACCAUCAUCUCCCAAGCGCAGACGAUUAGCAAUCCAUCUGUAUGGCUGCAAGUCGGACAUUGCUGAGGCUACCAAACUACAAGAGCAGUCAUGGAUUGCAAUUGAUGAUAUCAAAUCUUUAAAAAGAUCAUCUCAAUUUUAUUCAAGCCUCUGCUGAGUGAGGACAUUAUUGAUUCAGUAUGAUCUUAUAAAAAGGAGUCAUCAUCUCCAAGGCUCGAUGGCUAGCAAUCCAUCAGUAUGGUUGCGGAUGUCCAAUGCUUGAAAGGUGCCUUUGCCUCUGCCGAAGAUCCAGCGCCAUACGAAGGGUUUCAUUCAGUUUGUCUGCAACUUGUAAAUUGACGAUCUUCCGUUACAAGGACAAAGGUUAAGAGAACAUUUUUUUUGCUGGUAAGGUGCAAUAUGGUGUCUUGUAGGUGCUGUAUAAACUCAUGUCGCUCUCUUUUGCACUUCGCCAGGAAGUCUGAUUUCUUCACCUAGUUAUAUUCAUGAACUAUGGAUCUCAUAUCAUCAAUUGUUCUAUUCUUUUUAUGUAUACAGAUUGUUACUCAGUUUCAAUUUUGGAAUGCAAUAUAUCAUGUUUUAGUACCAUCCCUUCGAGUUUCAAUAGCCUCAUAGCUUACGUUCAACUGUUCUGUAAGGUUGCUUUGUUCUCGUUCAAGGACAAU